UUUUUCUCUUUCUUUUUCUUCUUCUCUACUGUUUGUGUGCUUUAUCUAUAAAAACCAAUAUCAUGUCAAAUUACAGCUAUAUCAUUAAAUAUAUCAUCGUUGGUGACUCGGGCGUCGGCAAGUCUUGUCUAUUGUUACAAUUCACAGAUAAACGUUUUUAUGCUGGUCGUGAACUUACUAUCGGUGUCGAAUUCGGUACAAGAUUCAUUACGGUGGAUGGCAAACAAAUCAAGUUACAAAUAUGGGAUACGGCUGGACAAGAAAGCUUUAGAAGUAUCACACAGAGCUAUUAUCGUGGUGCUGCUGGUGCUCUGUUAGUGUAUGACAUUUCAAGGCGUGAAAGUUUUGAACAUAUCUCUACCUGGUUGGCUGAUGUUCAACGACAUGCCAAUCCUCAAACUACCGUGGUUUUAGUCGGCAAUAAAUCAGAUUUGGAAGAAAGUCAGAGACAAGUUUCAACUGAAGAGGCAGAACGUUUUGCAAAAGAAAAUGGUAUCUCUCUCUUUUUGGAAACAUCGGCUAAAUCUUCUAGUAACGUAGAAGAAGUAUUUGUCAAGACCGCUGAGGAUGUUUAUGAAAAAAUCAAAGCUGGUGUAUUUACAAGCAAUGAGACAUCCGGUAUCCGGUUGGGCCCUGUUCAAAAUAGUUCCUUGAGCGAAGAAACUCAAAAUGGUACCUGUUGUUAGUCUACUACAUACCUAUCUAUCUCAACAAGGACUUUAGAAUAGUUUCUUCAUGUCUACACAUAUUACCCUUACUUUCUAUUUUUUUUUGUCUACUUCCCUUUCCAUACAAUAGGCAUCCUUGAUUAUUUCCCUAUUUAUUCAUCAGAUUUCCAUGAUAUCAUCCAUGAUUUAUAUUUUACCUUUGAUACAGGAAUAAAUGUUCUGACAUUUCAUUAAAUUCUGAAAUCAAUGAUAUGUGCAUUUAUUUGUUUUGUACUCUGUAUAGAAGAUUGAUUUUAUUGUCUAAUCUGGAA